AUGGCAGAAUCGGAGACAGGGACGCCGACGGCGGCGUCGAUGCCGGCAACACCGGAUACACCAGGAGGGCCACUAUUCACGUCGCUGCGAGUUGACUCACUGGCACACGAGCGUGACUCGUUUACAAUGGCUAGGUGCAAGUGUUUGCCGACAAAGGGCAAUUCGUGCCUCACUGAUUUCUCUGUUGGCGUUCCAAUUCCCAAUGUGUCCCUCACUCAAAAGAUUGGAGCAGAGUUUGUGGGAACGUUCAUAUUGAUAUUUGCAGCAACUGCUGGACCUAUAGUGAACAACAAGUACAAUGGAGCAGAGACUCUAAUGGGGAAUGCAGCUUGUGCAGGAUUAACAGUGAUGUUCAUAAUACUCUCAAUUGGUCACAUAUCUGGUGCACACCUUAACCCAUCUCUCACCAUUGCAUUUGCAACUUUCCGGCAUUUCCCUUGGGCACAUGUGCCAGCAUACAUAGCAGCACAAGUCUCUGCUUCAAUAUGUGCGUGUUAUGCUCUCAAAGGUGUUUAUCAUCCUUAUCUCUCUGGUGGUGUCACUGUCCCAUCUGUCAGCGUUUCCCAAGCUUUUGCAACUGAGUUUAUAAUCACUUUUAUUCUCUUGUUUGUGGUCACUGCUGUUGCUACUGAUACUCGUGCGGUUGGUGAAUUGGCAGGUAUUGCUGUUGGGGCUACAGUUUUGCUCAACAUUCUCAUAUCAGGGCCAACAAGUGGUGGUUCGAUGAAUCCGGUUCGCACAUUGGGUCCAGCCGUUGCAGCAGGAAAUUACAAGCAUAUAUGGUUAUAUUUGGUGGCACCAACGCUUGGAGCUCUGGCUGGUGCAGGUGUUUAUACGCUGGUGAAGCUGCGUGACAACGAGGCUGAACCGCCACGACAGGUUAGGAGCUUCCGUCGCUAG